AUGCUUUGGCGGCUUCAUUCUUCUAGAACUGCCGCUGCAACGUUUCCUUUUUUUACUUUGUUAUGUUUCAUUUUGAAAUUGUCUAAAGCUGAAAUCAAAUAUGCCAAUUCAAGCACCUCAGUGGACAGAUUUCCUCUCCUGCCCUUGAACUAUGCCCUGCUCCAAUUGGUUGGGGCUGCUAUUCCUGAGAAAGAGAGUCUUUCUAUCAGUGACUUAUCAGAACAUUGUAGAUCCUAUGAAUCUGCUAAUGGAUGUAUCGAACAGUUAGCUGUGUACCUAAAACCUUUUUCUGCAGGUGCUGGUACCACUAAUGCCAUUCUGAGCAGACCCAUGCAGAGAAAGCUGGUAGCCUUGGUUAACUGUCAGCUAAUUGAAGAAGAGGGACGGGCUCGUGCUAUGCGUGCUGCUCGUUCUCUUAGUGAGAGGACUGUUACUGAACUUAUUCUACAGCACCAGAACCCACAACAGUUGUCAGCAAACCUAUGGGCAGCUGUGAGGGCGAGGGGCUGCCAGUUUUUGGGACCAGCCAUGCAAGAAGAAGUGCUUAAAUUAAUUCUUCUAGCUCUGGAGGAUGGAUCUGCUUUGUCUCGUAAGGUUUUGGUUUUAUUUGUUGUCCAGCGACUGGAACCUCAGUACCCACAAGCUUCUAAAACAGCUAUUGGUCAUGUGGUACAACUACUUUAUAGAGCAUCCUGUUUUAAGGUUACUAAACGAGAUGAAGAAUCAUCUUUAAUGCAAUUGAAAGAAGAGUUUCGUACUUAUGAGACUCUGCGUAGAGAACACGAUGCCCAGAUAGUUCAAAUUGCUACUGAAGCUGGUCUUCGUAUUUCUCCUGAUCAAUGGUCGUCUCUGCUUUAUGGAGACACAGCCCAUAAAUCACACAUGCAGUCAAUUAUUGAUAAGCUGCAGACUCCCCAGUCGUUUGGUCAAAGUGUCAAUGAACUUGUUAUUGCACUUCAACGAACUGGAGAUCCUGGCAACUUGUCUCGACUGCGACCACAUUUUGAACUUUUGGCUAAUAUUGACCCUUCUCCUGAUGCACCAAUCCCAACCUGGGACAACUUGGAAGCUGUAAUGAAUGCCGUAAAAACUGUUGUGGAAGGACUUGUUGACUUUAUCCAACACUACAGCCACAAGAAACAUGAGCCAGCCAACUUGCAUAAUACUAAAUAUAAGACCAAUAUGUGUCGUGAUUUAACUCAGAAGGGAAGCUGCCCCCGUGGAGCCAACUGCACCUUUGCACAUUCUCAGGAUGAGAUGGAGAGGUAUCGUGCUCGGAACAAAAAGUUUGGUGGUAAAACUGGAACCUCAUCAGUGGCUGGGCUUACACCAAAGGAAAAAGCAGAACUUGAUCAAGUAACCAAAUCUACACGUGAACGUGAACGGAUGAUUGCAAAAUCAGCCCGGCAAGAAUCAUUCAAUCCUUUGGCUGUCAAGCAUCUUCCAGUUACUGUGAAGUUGGCGACGACUAGUGAACCAGUCAAUACUGAGAGCACUACCCCUUGCUCACUGUCCCCGGAAUGUUCCAACAGUAGCAGCACGACGACAACUGUCACCACUUCAAAGGCGACUAUUUCGUCAGUCUCCCAGGAGCAUGCUGGUAGCAGUAAUACCACUACUACCGUCUCUUCUGUAACCUUUCCGAAGAACAGUGUGCCAUACUCAACUAAUAAUUCCAAAGAGGAACGUUUUUCUCCAGUGCCUGUUAGUCACAGCAUUACUGUCCCUAAUUGUACUCCGCUCAUUCAGUCUUAUGAAAUACCUUCAAAUCACAUAGAUGGAAACUAUUAUCCACCAUCUCAGUAUUGCCUUCCACCUCGUCAUCAGAGGUUGCCAGUACCAGCUAAUCAGUACCCCUUCAACUAUCGGGUAGACCCUGGCAUUUCUCACGUGCAGUAUCGGGCAUCAGCCAUGUUUGACAUCCAUGCCAUGCCAGUUCCUCCUCUUUACACUGAUCCCUGGAAGAAACAAGGGAGCCAUUUUGAUCUCAAGAAGGAGAACUAUAUCCAAAAAACAGUCCCCACGUCUGGCCCAUUUCCUGACCACAGUGGUUGGGAGCAGUCGGUGACAUCAGCAAAAAAUGUGGAAGAUCUGCCAGACCGACACUUAGAAAUCUUGAAUCUCCUUCCGAGCCGAGUCCCCACUACUGGUGCACCAUGCACUCCAGUAACGAAUGCUCCUGCCAUCUACCAACAUAAUUACCAGACCAACAUUCAGGAUAUGGGUGACGUCAUCAAAGAACCAAAGAGUAUUAUCUCACCUUGUGUAGCCAAAUCCUCAGCUGAGACUUACAUAGCUACAUCCACUACAUCUUCUCUUUCUAACAGCGUUGCCUGUGGUGAGUCUAUCAUGAUUAGUGGCAUCUCUGUAAAUGUUCACCUCUUCCAAUUAUCCUCUUUGGCUUCUCUCGCUGUGGUUUUUUUUCUCUACUUUUUAUUCUAUUUUUCAUACUUUUUCAAUUUUACUUUUUUAUUUUUUUUUUUAUUUUAUUUUUUUUUUUUUUUUUACCUUUUUCAUUUUACCUUUUUCUUUCUUUCUUCCUUUUUUUUCUCUUUCCCUUUUUUUUUUCUCUUUCCCUUUUUUUUCUCCUUUUUUUUUUUUUUUUUUCUCUUUUUUUUUUCUCCCUUUUUUUUUUUUUCCCUUUUUUUCCUUUUUUUUUCUCUUUGCCUUUUUUUUCUCUUUGCCUUUUUUCUUUUCUUUUUUUUUUCCUUGUUUUUCUUUUUUCCUUGUUUUUCUUUUUUCCUUGUUUUUCUUUUUUCCUUGUUUUUCUUUUUUCCUUGUUUUUCUUUUUUCCUUGUUUUUCGCUGA